GAGCUGAGGUCAGGGUAUCUCCCUCCCCCCACCUCUGUGCCCCAUUUCUGCAGGGAAGAGCCUGCUCAGAAGGACUCGAAGCUGCUAUGAAUGAGAUGUGUGCUGGUGGAACAAAGAGUAAUUGUUGUGCAGCGUGAGGGUCUUGAUUUCCAACAAGGAGUGGUCUGAAGAGGAGCAGACUGACCAGAAUAUACUAUAAAAGCAUUGAUCGCUGGAAUUCUGAAGACUGGAGACGGAGCAGAGAACACGCAGACUUCAUCAUGAACUUUCAGGGCAUAUUUUAUCAUCUCUGCUUCUUUCACACUGCUCUGAGCCUGCAGCAUGUGAGGUGGUGCACGAUCUCUGAGCAAGAACAGGCCAAGUGUAAUGACAUGAGGGCAGCCUUCAUUGAUGCCAACAUUCUUCCCAAUUUAUUGUGUGUCAGUGGCAGCUCGGCCAUUAACUGCACCCAUAUGAUCAAGAACAAUUUGGCAGAUGCGGUGACAUUGGAUGGUGGCACCAUUUAUCAAGCUGGAAAGGAACAUAAUCUGAAACCUGUGGUUGGAGAAGUAUAUGAUCAAGAAAUUGGCACAUCAUACUAUGCAGUGGCUGUUGUCAGAAAAAAUUCCUUCAUUAGUAUCAACAGUCUGAAGGGCGUAAAGUCAUGCCACACAGGCAUCAACAGAACAGUUGGCUGGAAUGUUCCUGUUGGCUACCUCAUUGAUAGUGGUCGCAUGCCAGUGAUGGGAUGCAAUGUUCCAAAAGCUGUUAGUGAAUAUUUCAGUGCAAGCUGUGUUCCUGGAGCCAAUAAUGUAAAUUACCCAAAAUCCCUCUGUCAGCUCUGUAAAGGGGAUGCAGCUGGGCAGGACAAAUGUGAAAGAAAUUCAAAAGAGCAGUAUUAUGACUACAGCGGGGCUUUCAGGUGUUUGGCUGAAGGAGCUGGAGAUGUCGCCUUUGUGAAGCACAGCACAGUGUCUGAAAACACAGAUGGCCAGACUCCUUCCUCAUGGGCCCAAGAGCUUCACUCCAGGGACUUCCAGCUUCUCUGCCGCGAUGGCAGCACAGCUGAGGUUACAGAAUGGAGGAAAUGCCACCUGGCCCGAGUCCCAGCUCACGCUGUUGUCGUCAGACCUGACACUGAUGGGUCACUCAUCUUCCAGAUGCUUAAGCAGGGGCAGGUGGAUUACGUUUUUUGGUGUCUGUUAUUUCAGAUGUUUGACUCUGGGGCUUACAAUGCAAAGAAUCUUCUCUUCAAAGACACCACCACAGAACUGGUUCCAAUCACAAAUCAGAACUACCAGGCUUGGCUGGGUGAUGAAUAUAUGCAUGCCAUGCAAGGCUUGAGCUGCAAUCCCACCAGGUUACCAGAAAGCCUGCGAUGGUGCGUUGUGCUCACUGAGGAGAUCUGGAAAUGUAGUGAAAUGGCUAUUGCCUUUAAAAAAAAGAACUUGAAACCAGAGAUCCAGUGUGUUUCAGCCAAGACAACAGAACAGUGUAUGGAAAUGAUCCAGAAAAAAGAAAGUGAUGCUGUAAGUGUGGAUGGAGUUGAUAUUUAUAUAGCUGGAAAGAUGUAUGGCCUAGUGCCAGCUGCUGGGGAAAGUUACUCUGCUGACGACAACAGCAACAUGUACUAUGCUGUGGCAUUAGUGAAACGAAACAAUUCCAAUGCUUUCACCAUCAAUGAUCUGAAAGGGAAAAAGUCCUGCCACACAGGAUAUGGGAGAAUGGCUGGAUGGAACAUCCCUAUUGGUGUUCUAAUUAAAAGGGGCUUUAUUAGGCCCAUGGACUGCAAUAUUCCUCAAGCUGUGAGUGACUUUUUCUCUGCUAGCUGUGUGCCUGCAGCCAAGAUGGACAGUUACCCAUCAAAACUCUGUGAGCUUUGCAUUGGAGAUAAUAGUGGAAACAAUAAAUGUGAUGCAAGUACCCAGGAACGUUAUUAUAGCUACAGUGGAGCCUUCAGGUGUCUGAUGGAGGAUUCUGGUGAUGUGGCCUUUGUCAAGCACUCAACAGUUUUUGAGAACACUGAUGGUAACAAUGCUGAUUCCUGGGCUCUUCACCUUCAGUCCAGUGACUUCCAGUUACUGUGUCCAAAUGGAGCCCGUGCUGAAAUCACUCAGUUUGCUCAUUGUCAUUUGGCUCAGGUGCCUGCCCAGGUUGUCAUGGUCCACCCAGACACCAACAUUUUUGCUGUAUAUGGACUACUGGACAAAGCUCAGGAUUUCUUUGGAAAUGACAGCAAUGGAAAUGGAUUCAAAAUGUUUGAUUCUUCAGAUUUCCUAGGAACAGAUUUGAUCUUUAAAGAUUCCACCAUUAAGAUUGUACCAGUAGGAGAGAAAACAACAUAUGCAGAAUGGCUGGGGAGUGAAUACAUAGAUUCUCUUGAAGGGAUGCAAUCACCACAGUGCUCUGGGGCAGCUGCAAUAUCCAUGAACAUCGUUGGGCUGCUGGCAGCUAGUGUCCUUCUGAUUAGACUCUACUUGUGA